AUGUUUCAAUACGAUGAAGGUCACGGCAUGAUACAUGUUUCCAAUUUAGUUCGGAGGUUGCUGACGGCAGUCGAUCAAAGAGAAGCGAAAUUGCGCCAAAAAUGUCAAUGGUGUGCUCUCAAGAAUCUAUCUAUCUAUCUAUCUAUCUAUCUAUCUAUCUAUCUAUCUAUCUCAUUCAGUUUAUAUCUAUCGAUCUAUUUCAGUUUCUGUCUGCCUCUCAGUCUAUCUAUCUAUCUAUCUAUCUAUCUAUCUAUCUAUCUAUCUAUCUAUCUCAUUCAAUGUGUAUCUAUCGAUCUAUUUCAGUUUCCAUCUAUCUAUCUAUCUAUCUGUCUACCUAUCUAUGUAUCUGAUUCACUUUAUAUCUAUCGAUCUAUUUCAGUUUCUAUCUAUCUAUCUAUCUAUCUAUCUAUCUAUCUAUCUAUCUAUCUAUCUAUCUAUCUAUCUAAUUCUGUUUGUAUCUAUCGCACUCUGAUUCUAUCUAUCUCUCUAUCUAUGUAA